AUGGAGCCAGCUUCUGAGGAGGCCGGACCGGCAGCUGAGCCGCAGCUGCAGCCGCAGCUCUCCUCCCAAUCCCGAACACGAUCCCGAACAUCCUCCCAAUCCAAGUCCCCGCCUUCAGAUCUCCAACCCUUCCCCGCACCCGGACCAGACACCAGUUCAAUCAUCUCAAUCAAAAGUGGCACAGCACCAAACGCCCACAAUGACGGCUACUCAGAUCCAAAUCCAACUCCACCGAGUGCUGCAUCUUCUAUCCGUUCCCGCCCCGUUUCAGGCGUAGUACCCCCAUAUUGGCACCGACAUGAGCGCGACGCCUCACACGUCUCGCAAUCAUCCUUAAGUCGAGUUGCCCCGAUAACACUUGAAGACCACACAGCGGACCCAAACUCGGAGACGAGUCGGGGACUCUGGGCGCGUAGCGUUUCCGUCGAUGAUCACGUCGUCGUGCAGGGCAUGACUGGGGUUGGAUCAUACUCCGAGUUCGAUGAUUUGCGCCAGCGACUGGUCGCUUCAUUCCCACAUGCUCGAAACGCGUUACCCGCGCUGCCCCCGAAAAGCGUUCUUUUCAAAUUCCGCCCAAAAUUCUUGGAAUCGCGACGCGUGGGCCUGGAGUAUUUCCUCAACUGUAUCCUUCUCAACCCGGAGUUCUCAGGCUCCCCCAUUGUCAAAGACUUCCUCUUUGGCCGUAGUUGUUAA